UUACUGAACUUACUCUCGACAACAAUUGUGUCUUAAGACAGAUUUGGUAGUUGCAUAAUCUCUAUAUACUGUUAUGUGUUUCUCCAUUUAACUAUAUGAUUAUUUUUCUCAGAAAAUAAAGUAAGCCAAACAGAGCAUAUGCCCUCAAAUAAAGUAGCUUUAUCUAUGUGGUUUGAUGACCCAUUCAUGACUCAUCCCUUUACCACAAAGACUCAACAAUGCAGAGCUUUGUUUCAACUCCCUCUUUUGUAUUUGUCUUUCCCCUUUAUAUACCUUCCCACCAACACGGUUUCAUCAUCAACCAUUACCCGUAAUCUCUCUUUCUUUCUCUCAAGAAUCAAGAUCACUACUCAACCAUCCAAGAUGACAUUGAGCAGAGUUCACCAACAAGUUCUUGCAUUUCCUGCAGUCAAGACUGCUCCGGUUGGUUACUUGCCUGACCCUGCAGCUUCCACCAACAACCUCCAAAUUCCAACUUCUACAAAACUUUCUCCUUCAACAGACAAGAGAAAGAAGAAAACCGAUAGCUUCACCAACGGAGCUAGAGACCAGGACAAGUUAGGACCCAAGCUAAGUGAAACAGUCAAGAGAAAGCUAUCCUUUGGAGCUAAGAUCCUUCAAAUGGGAGGCCUAGACAAGAUCUAUAAGCGACUCUUCAAAGUCUGCGAUCAAGAGAAACUGUUCAAGGCAUACCAAUGUUACCUAUCAACAACCGCAGGUCCCAUGGCAGGCCUACUCUUCAUCUCAUCAAAGAAGAUUGCAUUCUGCAGCGAGAGAUCAAUCAAGGUUGCUUCUCCUGAGGGAGAUCUCAUCAGGGUUCACUACAAAGUGUCAGUCCCCUUGUGCAAGAUCAAUGGAGUGAACCAGAGUCAGAACACAAAGAAGCCAUCUCAGAAGUACCUUGAAGUGGUCACAGUCGAUAACUUCGACUUCUGGUUCAUGGGAUUCGUGAACUACCAGAAAGCUUUCAACUGUCUCGAGCAAGCUCUAAACGAUGAGGACCAAUAAACUGAAGUGAUUUCUCUGAGGGAGCUAAUUAGUACAAGUUGAAGAAGAAAUAUUUCAUUUCUACUUUGACCUGUUUCAAUCAGGGAAUGUUAGUAAAGAACCUAGAAGAGACCGACAAUAUUGUUUGUACAAACUCAUUUUUUUUCUUUUGCUUUACCCAUUUGGUUUUCAUUGUAGAAACGAGAAAGAGAUUAAUAUAGCUAAGCUGAUCCCAUCACUUUUACUUAA